AUGCUCCUACGCAGAUUCGCAAAGACAAUCGCCAUAGUGGACAUUUUGGCUGCAAAAGUCAAUUCCCUUACCCCCCAGACACUCACAUCAUUCAACAAUCUCGAUUAUGCGCGACUUCGCUCUGAAGAGCCAGAGCAGGGGCUUCGUCGGCGGCAGUAUGACGAUUACCUGACCACGGGAACUAUCACUGUCACUGUGGCUCCUGAUGAGAUCUGCGGUUUUGAUGAUUGGUCGAGCGCCUAUCAUUGCCCACCUUCAACCGCUUGCUCAUGGGAAUUGGAUUCGAUCGCCAAUGUCUUUUGCGGCUUUGAGGAUAUCCUAACUACCUGCCUCGACCGCAUCGAUGCAAUUGACACAGACAUAUGCGAUGAUGAUUGUUACUGGGACGAUUACAUCUUAAAAUGCACCAAAUUCAGUUCCCCCUACUGUGUAGAGUUGUACUUUGGGGACAUUACUGCCUGGGGCUGUAGUGACUCCCGAACCUCGGAGACUAUUUACAGCACCGAUGAUGGGGUGCCUCGAGAGUUCACGACUAUUGUUUUCGUUGACGGAACGCCGAGCAUGGUGUGGGUUGACACACCAAUCGCCGAGAGCCCAAUAAACGACCCGAUUGAGACGUUCGAAACAACAACGACAGAGGAGCCGAUUGAGACAGAACCAGCUCCGCCUCCGCCCCCACACCCUGGACUCAACGUUGGCGCGGUUGUGGGAGGUGUUGUGGGAGGCUUGGCCGUCAUCAGUCUGACAAUCCUGGGAAUCCUAUACAUCUUGCGUCGCAAUCGCAGAAGAGAUCAGUCGCAUGGCUCUUUGCCUGAGUCCACCGCUCAUUCAAGCGUACCCGAUACGAAAGUCGUGGGCUCUCCAACCAUCACCCAACCCUAUACCCCCCGCACAAUGUCGCCUAUCCAACCCCAGAACGAUGCAACGCUUCCUCAGACAGCCUACUUUAAUCACGAUGCUGUUGAAGCAGCCACUAGCGACCAUCUGAGUGCGAGCACCCACGAGUUUGGAGGAUUGGUCGGAGAUCGCCAAUAUGCGUCCAUGCCGGGGACAUAG